UUGACGGGGUUUGGCGGUGUUGUGUUUGGAAAUUCGAAAUCGAUGUUGAUAAAUUGUCCGAUGAAGUUGUUGCGGAUUUGAUUCAUUACACCCAAAGUGUAAAAAUAUAUAGCUGCACAAUUUUAAGCUGUGCACUCAUUGGUGUAGGAAGAAUCGGAUAUUUGCUGACGAAGACUUUUGUUUCGGUUUACCUUCGAAAACAUCGCACAGCUAUUGAUUUUAAGAAUGAAGGGGCAAGAUGUUGAGAAGUAACGUGAGGGCAACCUGCAUUCAACAUGGAUGCUGUCGAUGUCGCAGGAGUCUUGGAAUUUGACUGCAUAGUCUUAAGAGACGAGCUGUUGGAUUCAAGGGAAGCCAUUCAGCAAGUUAUAGCAGAGAAGUGGGCGUUUGCAAAAGAGGAAGUGGGGAAGUCCCGGUCUCGAUGCAGUGAGGCGGCGUCUGAUGUGGGUGUCCAAGUUGAAGGGGAAGUUGUGUAUCUCAAUGUGGAGGAAGAGGAGGAUCAAGAUGUUGAUGUGGAGGGAGACGAAACAACAUCAGUUACUCAACCACCUGGGAAUAUCGAAUCUCGAGGUGUCGGCAGUGCAGACCGCGACAUCACACUGGCCGGAGCUCGAGGUGUGACAGAGCCCGAAGAGACAAAGGAGCUCUACAGUCCCGUACGGUCGGAGGGAGCGGCCGAGUGCGACAGAAGUUUGCUGCCGACCGCUUCUCCUCCUUCCACCUGCAGUUCGUGCACGCGCCAUUUCUCGUCGGAGGCGGACCGCACGAAUCACGUCUGUGUGGUCACAAGCGAAAUGCGGAGAUCGCUCCGGAGAGGAUUUUCCGGCUCUACGUCCACGGUCAACUCUGACAUCCGGCAGAUACCUAAAGUCGCGAAGGAGAAGCGCGCCGAGUCUCCGGAGGGUGAAAUUCUCUCCGGCGAGUGUGACGGGGUGCCGUGUCCGGAGGACUCUGCAGUCACUCUCGCUACAGGUGGGAGUGAAGUCGGCUCGGCACACGGAGAUUCUCGUAGCGGCCGCAUCCCGGCACCUUCCGAAACUGUGGCAUCGAUUCUCUCAGAGGCCGCUGUCGGCAGUCACGCGUACUUGUGGAAAUCUGCUGUGGGCGUGUGUGGAAUCUGUGGAAAAAUUUUCAAUAACAACUCUAACCUAAAGAGACACGCUCUGGUACACGGCAGUGGGAUUUUCCUCACGUGCGACGUCUGCGGCCAAUUUUUUCCCGACCGGUGUUCUCUCUGGAGGCACAAAGAACAGCACGGCAGAAAGAGCCGGUCUAAGAUGUACAAGUGUAACGUAUGUGGUAAAUGUGUAAAUAGUAAUAAUUCACUGAGGAAGCACAGGUCCCAGCACGUACAGCCUUACGUGUGCGACAUAUGUGGCGAAUCGUUCCAUCGAGCCAGCGGCCUGGAGAUACACAAAUACUUGCACAUCAGAUAGUAU